AUGGCAGCGUCCUGGAAAGUCAAGACUAUGCCUCUGAAUGACGACACGCUCCCUCCCGCAUCGGCCUCCGAACUGAAGACGAAGGCACAAUUCUCCAUCCAGACCUUCGUUGACAACGCCGCACGCGACUGGCAGCACAUCCGCGACAGGCUGCAAAUCUAUGGAGACGCCCUUCGGUCGAAGUGGAAGAAACUCUCGAAGGCGAAUCGCAAAGCGCUCAUUCUCCAAGCGCAACCGGAUCUCUCCCCCAACAAAUCUCCGGAGCAGCGCAUCAUGUUCGAAAUCGAGAAGCCAGAAAAAGACAGCAGGAUCGGCAUACUUUCAACUACACUCGCACAGGCCAGCGUUCUCGAUCUGGUGCCUGAGAACCUCUCACUUCAACAGCGCAAUGCGUUUCUGGUCCCAUAUCUCAACAUAGAGACGCUGGUUGAUGAUCAGAGCCGUCUGCUCAGCUUACUUCACAAUCGGUCGGUGUGGACGCUCGAGGAGUGGGUGCCUUUCGAUGCGGAGCAGAUGCGUAUGGGCUUUCAGCGCGGAUUUCUAGCGGAAAAGUUCAGCACGAAGUGCGUUGGCAUGUUUGGUGAGCAGUUUGGACAGCUACUCGACUGGAACAAAGACGCCUGUCAUAGCUGGGCGAUGGUUGGUUACCCACUGGCAAGUCUGGUUCUCGAAGCGCAAGCUUUCCUACUGAGUUUUCUUCGCAAGGUGGUGGAUCUCCUGUACUUUCUCCAGACAGAUCCAGCAUACCUGCAACACUGCAUACGUCUCGGGAGCCAAAAGAUCCACCCUGACCAGGAUCCCGACGCAGCAUGGCUAGGCAAAGCAGCAGAGUUGGUGUUGUGGGAGUCGAUCAACGAUAUUCGGCGGCUAAGGCAUGUCGUUGAGCAGUGUGAUUACCUGGUGGAUCUCGAGCAUCUAGAACCUAUGAGUGUCGAGAGUCCAGGCCCAUCAAGAUACGAGAUGGCAUUUUCGGUGCUGUCUUUCACCACAUGCAAAGACCUUGGUGACUGCCUAGAGACUAUGAGGAGGAUGAUCCAUACGGAUGGCGACUUCCGCAGCAGCUACAACUACUGGUGCACCAGCAACGGCACGGUGAAAGCCAAGCUGAAGUGGGACGGAGAGAAAAUUGGCGGUCAGAAGCGACUUUUCGAGAACGAUCCGCUCUUGUGGGCGCUUCUGACCCUUGCGGAUAGCCCUUCGGACCUGGGAGCAAACAACAAGUCUCUCGCAAUGCGGCUGAUCGAUGACUGCUUGAAGGAUCCAAAGGAGAGGAGACGAAUCUCUCCGCCCUUCUACGCCUUCCUCUCGAAGUUCGCGCUCUACGACCUGAUGUUGAGCGAACUGCAUCACCUUCGUCCGCGCCUUAUUCCUUUCAACCCUGAGACGAUGCUGGAACACAACGAGGAGUGCUGGCUCGCGCUUAGAUACCCCACUCACGGCCCAAGGAAGCAGUCCCUCGAAGAGCUGCAUCAGAUCAAGCCCUUGCUCAAAAAGGUCUGCGAGAAACCUUGGCCAAAAGGCAAGAAAGACGAGAAAUGGCAUGAGGAGGCACAGAUCAUCCGGCAAGACAUGACACGGCCAGGUCAAUUUUCGUGGGCAUGUGUUCUGGACCCAAGCCUCUGCGUGGCAUGUGUCGAGAGGAGAUCGAGACGGAGCUUGCUUUCAUGGCUGACGAUCUUAGCUAUGAGUAUGAGGCAGAGAUCGAAGCUGAGAAUGACGAGGUUGACAGCCUGGUCGGAUGAAGCCGAAAACUCGAGCGGAGAAGCAUCACCAGAGAUCAAUGAAGUAGACGUCCAAGCUGCGAGACUGGCGGGAACUCUCACUCUAUCCGAGGAGCCCCCUCCAGCAAACACCAUCGAAGUCAACGCAGAGUCCAUCCGGAUCUUCUCCAGAAUGUUCUCAUCUGGCGAAGAGAGCAAAGGCAUCGUCAAGUGGCAGCAGGUUGUCACGGCCAUGGCGGACGCAGGCUUCGCAGCGACUCAUUGCGGCGGUUCAGCGGUGUCCUUCUGUCCAAUCGAAGGUGCUUCAAUGAAAGGCUCGAUUGUGUUCCAUAAGCCGCAUCCGGAGCCAAAUGUGGAUUCCGUGAUGUUGCACAUGAUGGGGAAGAGGCUGAGGAAGUGGUUUGGAUGGGGGAACGAGACGUUUGUGGAAAGGGAAAAGAAGAAGGAUUGA